UCUAUAGUUAGCUUGUGGGAAGUGUUCUGCUUCUUUCUGGUGGCUUCUCCAUAGGAAUCCCAAGCAAGCUUGAACUCCCAAGAAAACUCGACUUCUCUGUCUUUCUGAUUGAUUAUUCCCAAUUCGGCGUCAUUCUUUGCAACCUCGAUUUCUAGUCGUUGAUGGAGGAAGACUGCUGUGCAACCCAACUUAUCGACGCCAAAGGCCAGUUCAAUGCGGAAGGGCUUCAGAAUUUCAUGAACAAGGUGAAGCUCACCGACUGCGGCCUCUCCUACGCCGUUGUCUCCAUCAUGGGUCCCCAAAGCAGCGGGAAGAGCACCUUGAUGAAUCAUCUUUUCCAUACAAAUUUCAGGGAGAUGGAUGCAUAUAAGGGAAGGAGUCAAACAACCAAAGGCAUUUGGAUAGCUAAGUGUGUCGGCAUUGAGCCUUUGACGGUUGCCAUGGAUUUGGAGGGCACUGAUGGGAGGGAAAGAGGCGAGGAUGAUACUACAUUCGAGAAACAAAGUGCUCUAUUUGCUUUGGCAAUUUCUGACAUUGUGCUGAUAAAUAUGUGGUGCCAUGAUAUCGGUCGGGAGCAAGCUGCAAAUAAACCUCUUCUAAAAAUAGUUUUUCAGGUGAUGAUGCGUUUGUUUAGCCCCCGUAAAACAACUCUCCUAUUUGUCAUACGUGAUAAAACAAAGACCCCACUUGAACAUUUGGAGCCUAUUUUAAGGGAAGAUAUUCAGAAGAUAUGGGAUGCAGUUCCCAAGCCCCAGGCCCAUAAGAAUACUCCUUUUGAUGAAUUUUUCAAUGUUGUAAUCACUGCUUUAUCGAGUUAUGAAGAGAAGGAGGAGAAGUUCAAAGAGGAGGUUGCUCAACUGAGGCAGCAAUUUUUUCAUUCUAUUUCUCCAGGAGGGCUUGCGGGUGAUAGACGUGGAGUUGUUCCUGCAUCUGGAUUUUCUUUCAGCGCACAGCAGAUAUGGAAAGUUAUAAAAGAGAAUAAGGAUCUGGAUCUCCCUGCUCAUAAGAUAAUGGUUGCCACUGUCCGUUGUGAUGAGAUUUCCAAUGAGAAGCUAAGUCGCUUGACCUCUGAUAAGGGCUGGUUGGAAUUGGAAGCAGCUGUUCAAGCAGGACCAGUAUUGGCUUUUGGGAAAAGGCUCAGCUCAAUUUUAGAAGCAUAUUUGUCGGAAUAUGACAUGGAGGCAGUCUACUUUGAUGAAGGUGUUCGAAAUGCAAAACGACAGCAACUAGAGUCAAAGGCACUGGAUCUUGUGCACCCUGCUUACUCCACCAUGUUGGGUCAUCUGCGUUCUAAAGCACUUGAGAGUUUUAAGAAUAAACUGGAGCAGUCACUGAUCAAAGGAGAAGGUUUUGCUGCAUCCGUUCGUACUUGUACUGGCUCUUGUAUGCUUGAGUUUGACCAAGGAUGUGCAGAUGCUACCAUACGACAGGCUAAUUGGGAUGCUUCAAAAGUCCGGGACAAACUUCGUCGUGAUGUUGAUGCUCAUGCAUCCUCUGUUCGUAGUGCAAAGUUGUCUGAAAUGAUGGCCAAUUAUGAGAAACAACUUGCCUUAGCACUGACAGAACCUGUCGAAUCCCUACUCGAAGCGGGUCAGAAUGAUGCAUGGGCUUCGAUAAGAAAGCUUCUCAAACGUGAGACUCAGGUUGCUGUAUCAGAGUUUUCAGCUACCAUUGCUGGUUUUGAGUUGGAUCAAGCAACACUUGACAAAAUGAUGCAAGAUUUAAGGGACUGUGCUAGAAGCUUGGUGGAGAAAAAGGCAAGAGACGAUGCUGGGAAAGUUUUGAUCCGUAUGAAGGAUAGGUUCUCAACUGUAUUCAAUCAUGACAAUGAUUCACUGCCUAGGGUUUGGACUGGGAAGGAAGAUAUUAGAACUAUUACAAAGGAUGCACGUUCGGCGGCUCUAAAGCUUUUAUCUGUCAUGGCUGCCGUACGCUUGGAUGAGAAGCCUGAUAUGAUUGAAAAUUUACUUUUUUCAUCUCUCAUGGAUGGUACUCUUACGGUUCCAUCUUCUCAAGAUAGGAGUGUUGGAGCGCAUACGGACCCUCUUGCCUCAAGCACAUGGGAGGAGGUACUACAAGUUUCCCCAAAGGAUACGUUAAUUACACCAGUGCAGUGCAAGUCUUUGUGGAGACAGUUUAAAGCCGAGACUGAGUAUACAGUCAGUCAAGCAAUUUCAGCACAGGAGGCUUUUAGGAAGAGUAACAACUGGUUGCCUCCUCCUUGGGCGAUACUGGCUAUGAUUGUCCUUGGUUUUAAUGAAUUUAUGCUUCUUUUAAGGAAUCCUCUCUAUCUCAUGGUUUUGUUUAUUGUAUUUUUACUGUCGAAAGCUUUGUGGGUACAGAUGGAUAUAGGUGGAGAACUUCAACAUGGCACUCUUGCUGGACUCCUUUCAAUUUCAUCAAGGUUUGUUCCCACCAUGAUGAACCUUUUAAGACGAGUUGCUGAAGGAGCUCAAGGGCGCCCAAUGCCUGAGAGAGAGAGACCAGGACCAUCAUAUUCUCUGACUUCUCAGGGUUUCAGGGUUCAAACUCCUUGGCCAAAACCCGAUUCAUGCACAGCUGAGUCCUCUGUAUCAUCUAAUAUUUCGUCCCCUGAAAGUGGUGUUGAAUACUCGAGCACUGGUUUGAUGCAUAGGCGAACUACCAACAUUCAAGAAGCAGAGUUUUCUUCAUGAAAUCACACUUACGUAUGCUCUUUAUCAGAUUAAGAUAGCUGCUCCCUUGUGUAAUGUUUUUCUUUUCCACGUAUUCAUUUCUUUUCUAAAGUUCCCUUCUUUGCCAAAGAAAAGAGAAACUGAAAGGACAAGGCAAAUAAGCAAAAAG